UGAGAACAUAUAUAAACAGUGCUGAGCAGCUGUUCAGGUUUUACAAACCUUGACUUUCCUCAUGGUUUCACAAGAGAUUUCGAUUUUUCAUGAGUAUUUCUCUGAGGAAAAUGACCAUCAAAAACUUCUCAAUUGAAUAUGAUGCCAUCAACAGCAAAAACACCUUCUCAAAUGGAGAUACCAUCAAUGGUAGAGUUAUCGUGGAGGUUUCCAAGGAAACGAAAAUCCAGUCGCUUGUUUUUAUAGCAAAAGGAAAAGCUCGGGUCUGCUGGUCUGAACAUUACGGGGAUAAUCAACAUCAUGUGUACUGGUCUAAUGAGAAAUAUUAUGAUGUCAAACAUCAUAUUUUGAGAAAGGCAAGACAAGAUGGCACUGAAGUCAUUUGUAAAGGAAGACAUGCAUUUCCCUUUUCCUUUAAGAUUCCUGACAGAAAAAUCCCAUCAUCUUUCAAAUCCUCCAUAGGCAACAUUGUUCAUAAAUUAAAGGCAGAGCUUCAUCAAUCGAUGAAGCUGAAAAAAAAGGUUAAAACCCACUUCACAUUUGUGUCCAAAGCAGACAUGGAUACUCCCGGACUUAUGGAACCUCAGAAUGGUUGCAAGGAUAAAUCUGUCAACGUUUUUGGCUCUGGAAACAUUUCAAUGGAUGUUCACACCAAGCGGAUGGGAUACAUGCAAGGCGAGGCUCUCCGAGUCACAGCUGAAGUCAGCAACCACUCAACUCGUUCAGCGAAGCCCAAAUUCAUACUAUAUGAGAAGAAGAGUUUCUUUGCCCAGGGUCACCAGAGUGUUUCCAAAAAGAUUAUCCUUAAGGAGAAGAGUGAGGCUGUUGCAUCCUCCGCGAAAGAGACUGUGACCAAGGUUUUCUCCAUUCCCACAGAGCUACCUCCCUCCAUCUUGAACUGCUCCAUCAUCAAGCUGGAGUACAAGCUGAGGAUCUGUCUUGAUGUCAAGUUUGCUUCAAACCCAGAGAUCAAACUCCCGAUAGUCAUCCUACCUUCCUUUGAGGUUCCUGCUAUGAAACCACCUGCUGCUGUAGGCUUUGGAUUUAAUGCAUUUGAGGACUCAGACCAAGCACCCUGUAACACGGCAUCACAAGCACAAGCAGCACCCCAAGAAGUGGAUCCCCCACCUUCUUAUGAAGUAUAUUCAAUGUACCCUAGCGAAUAUACGAGUGCACUUUAAAUAUGCCACCGUUUUAGCAUUGCACUGUGCUUAGAUUAACCACAUUGUAAGUACAGCACCAUUAGUCAUUUCAAUCAGGAGAAACUAUCGUAAAAAGAUAUAUAUAUUUUAGAGGUUUACAAUAACCCAGAUAUAUCCCCCGAUGGAGUCCAGACACUGGUGGUGGCGACUAAAAAAGGGAGCUGUGAGCCAUAAGAAGACCAAGGACACUGUGGCUGUGCGGCUUGCACUCUCGUCUGAAAAGACAACUGACAGAAGCAGGGGAGAGAACCGAUUUAAAAUAAGGUUGUCAUGCUGUGAUUGGCUUGAACAUACAUGCCCUACUCUGAUUGGUUUACACUAACGUGAUUCCCCCAAAAUAGCUGAUCAGUAUAAGAGGAGAGUGUUAACGUCAUGCCACCUUGGCAGUUGCUAAUGAGUAUAAGUAUAUAUAUAAGUAUAUAACUAUAAGUAUAUCCAUCUAUUUUUCUAUCACACAACUAGUUUGCAGCGGACUUUGGCACCGCCCAUGACAAUUCUGAUUGGUUUAAAGAAAUGCCAAUAAACUAGAGCAUGUUUUUCCUCCCAUCCCCGAAUGCUAUGCCAGACCCUCCUUCACCGUGCUUUGGAGGAGGGUCUGGCAACUUAAGACUUUGUAAAUACUAACUUUUUAUCAGCCUGCUUAAAUCAAUAUCACAAGGGCCAUGUUGAACAGAACUACUGUUGACAUAACCUACAGUUACACUUUAAUUUUUUUAUCAAUAGCUGGAUUCAAAAUGGUAUACUUUAUAUCAUUUUUUGGAAUAGCUAUAGUUAAGUUUAUUUAUUUAUUAUAUCAAAUAUUACAAAAGGGAAUUGGCUGUAUAUUCGUACUUGUAUUUUGAACAAUAAAUAUGCCUAAACU